AUGAAACUUAAAGAUAUUCCAGAGGUACUGACCAUAGAAAAUUUAAACUAUCAACUGAGAGGUAUUACUUCAUUUGUUAAUGGUGGUGAAUUAAGUGUGUCCAGUGUAUGUCAUUAUAAGGAUUACUGUAAGAGAAUAAGUUCGUGGGAAGUGUAUGACGACUUGGCUACAAAUUCCAUAACUCUUAAUUCUAUGACAAAAGUUGCUUGUGAUUUUAUUGUAUAUACAGUUUAA